AUGAGUCGACCGACAGCACCAGGGCCAAAGGGAAGGACACUUCAGGUGCCAGCAAUGCCAAACACAGCCCUGCAGAUUCAAGCCCCUGAACUUCCCACAGCUGUGUGGGCAAGUCCCAACAAUGGUAACUCAGAUCUGGCCAGCUAUUUUGAAUGUCCUGUUUGUUUUGAUUAUGCUCUACCUCCAAUUAUGCAGUGCCAAAGUGGCCACAUAGUGUGUCAGUCAUGUCGUCAAAAACUGACUAUAUGUCCAACAUGCCGGGGUCCACUGGGAAAUAUUCGAAACCUAGCAAUGGAGAAAGUAGCUGCUUCAGUUCUCUUUCCUUGUCGUUACUCCAACAAUGGCUGUCUGACCACACUACUGCACACAGAGAAGAUUGAACAUGAAGACACGUGUGAACACAGACCCUACACCUGUCCUUGUCCCGGCGCAUCAUGCAAGUGGCAGGGAUCCUUGGAGCAAGUCAUGCCCCAUCUCAUGCAGUCUCACAAAAGUAUUACCACUUUACAAG